AUGAACGGCUCUCAGGCGGGCGCUGCGGCUCAGGCCGCCUGGCUGAGCUCGUGCUGUAACCAGUCGGGGUCGCCGCCGGAGCCCCCCGAGGGGCCGCGCGCGGUGCAGGCGGCGGUGCUCGGCGUGCUGUCCCUGCUGGUGCUUUGCGGGGUCCUGUUCCUGGGCGGCGGCCUCCUCCUCCGCGCCCAGGGCCUGACAGCGCUGCUGACCCGCGAGCAGCGCGCGUCCCGCGAGCCGGAGCCCGGCAGUGCUAGCGGAGAGGACGGCGACGACGACUCCUAGGCGCCCGGCUGCGCUCAGUGGUCGCGGCCUCCAGGCGGCCCCUGACUCCGAGCGGUCCGGAGCAUGCCCGACGGCUGCUGCGGUCCCGACCCCUUACCCGAAGC